AUGAAAGAAAACAGCAAACGCGAAGCUGAUCAUACAAAACUUAAAGAAGAUACUACUAAUCUCAAGACCAAAAACACUGAGCUUGAAGCCGAACAACUUCGGGCCUCAAAUGAACCUAGA